UAAAAUUGCUGAAGUGACCUCACAGCUGGGAACAGCUCCUGAUAAGCUGCAGGGUACUGCCAGGGGUCUUCCAGCACGGAUCACAUCUAACACUGCCCCUGCCCAGGUGCUGCUUCAGGGAGCCCCCGUUAGCAAGGCACAAAUCCACUUGGCUUUGCUUCAAAACCUCAGCCACAGCAGAAUGUUUAAAAAACUCACCAAAUUCAUUGUAAAUCAAAUGGAUCCAUGCAAAGAAUGGGUGCCUGUUGAAAGCAUCGCAGACAAUGAGCACUUCAGGCCUCUCUAUGUCCUGAAAAAAAAGAGCAAACCAAAAACCGUGUUUCACCGAGCUCCCUACUACCAGCAGACAGGAUUCACACUGGAGGAUGUGCUGCUGCCUGGAGAAGAUGGAAAAAGCACAGAGGCCAUCCAUCAAGAAUCCAGCCAAUUUGCUCUAACAAAAGUCAGCACUGACCAAGCUGAUGGAGGUCUCAGCAUUUCUUUUGACCCUGCAACUGUAGAGAUGAAAGGAAAGGCUUCCUUAUCCAAAGAGCUUUCCAUUAUGCCACAGAAGAAGAGCAUAUCACUGGAAUCACUGGAGGCACUGAGAAGAGAAAGGGAAAUCAACAUGGAUCAUUCCUUUAUCCAACAACUACAGAGAACAGGCAUCAAGCUGCACAUGGUCACUGAAAUCCUCGAGGCCUCAGAGGAGGCUGUCUACAAGGAAUCCAGCAAGGCAGACGGGGGCUUCAAGGCCAAAUUUUAUGCCACACUCUGUGCACAGAGCAACAGAGAGGACAGACAAAGCAUAGUGAUACCCAAGGGCUGCACGCUGGCCUUCAGGACCGUCCCACUACACAUUAGAGAUGGAGCAUGGGGUAUGGAUUAUUUCCCAGCAGAAACUGUGAGAAAGCAAGCUUAUGUAGCUGAUGGUCCCUCAGCAGGAAAAUUAGGACAAGUGAUGAUGGAAGUUCGAUAUUCCUGCCGAAUUUUCCCUGAGUUGUCUCCUGACCUGCUGCUCAUCAUCUUCAACACCAUCACAGCUGUGAUGAGAGACAAGAGCCUCCUUCAAGAGCUCAGCCACAAAAUGGAAGAACUUUCUGAGCAAAAUGAUGGUUAUCAGCUGGAAACUGAGAGCCCAGACUUAAAGGAACUGAUCAGCACCUUGCAGCAUUCCCCAAGAGAUCAUCUGCUGGCAGAAGGAAUCACCUACGUCCUUGACGCUUUGCAUGAGUUAACGGAGGAUCAGCUGCUGCUGCUGCUGGAAUCCUUGGAAAGGAAGAUUGUGUCCCAACAGCUGAACCUGGUUGAAAACCUCCUGAAACAUGACCUGGAUAAGGAGAAGGAGCCUUUCUUUGUGGAUGCCAGGGUGCUCUUCCCACAGGAGGAGGAACAGAGGUUAACCAUGGCCCUGGUGGAGCUGAGUGGAGUGCAGCUCCAGGAAGAUGGAUCAGUUAUCCCUAGGGAUAAACCCUUUGAGGCUGUGGCAGCCCUGUUUGUGGCCCUGUACACCCUUAACUUCCUGAGUGGUUCCAGGUAGGAUGUACCUGGCCCUGCCAAGGAAUCCCUCUACAAGGUUUUGUGAAAUCUCUGCCGACAAGAUUUUUCUCUCCCAAUAUAAUCCUUGUGAAUAAUCAAGGCUGAUUUGGCUGGCAAAAGGAAAUUUAAGGCAGGACAAUUCAUUAUGAGUACUAAAGGUUGGAUAUCAAAGUGGAUUUGUUUCUUUGGCACCUCCCUGGUCCCAGCACUGCCAUCAUCCUUGACAUGUUCAAUGGACACAUUCAGCACUUUAGAGCAAGCAUACUCUUAUUAUCACUCUAUAAAUAAAGAGGACCUUCUUGCUACA